AUUCCCACUGACCCUCGAAACGUUGAGUGAUUUUAUUGUUUAACACAAUCCAGAAAGAGCGAAGAAGCCUGCAACUCUAUAAAACAACCGAGCAGGCACUCUUUUAACUUCUAGCCAAGAGGCACCGCUCACUGACGCUUCUUUUCACCCAAGUCAUUCACUUGCAUACAGUCACUCUCCCAACAUGCGCGUCUCAGCUCUCGUCUUUGCGUCCGUCGCUCUUGCAGCACGCCCCUUCCUCAACGAGCCAGACACAGGCCUCGAGGACCUGCUCGGGUCCGUCACCGCCAAUGGCACACUUCCACCACUGUCCGACAUGGUUGGCCUGCCCGAUUUCGAUUGGGCAGCUCGCAAGAGAAUGAACAUCUCGUCCUACACCUACUACCGCAAUGGCGCUGCUGGAGAGUGGUCGUACCGCAACAACCUCGAGGUCUUUACCCGACACAGGUUUCGACCUCGCAUAUUGAACGACAUCACGAAUAUCGCUGCGUCUCUCCCCACUACAAUACUCGGCCACAACUUCUCGGCGCCCUUCUUCAUCUCGCCAUGCGCUCGUGGUGGUUAUGCGCAUCCUGACGGAGAGCUGAACUUCGUUAAGGGCGCCGCCGCCGGCAACAUUCUGUACAUGUCCUCGCUGUUCUCGUCACAGAGCUUCGAUGCCAUAUACCAGGAGGCUUCCAACACCACUGAUCCCCUUUUCCAGCAGGUCUACCUCACCAACAAUCUGACCGAAACACAAGCGCUCUUCACCAAGAUUGAGAAGACGGGCAAGGCUAAGGCCAUCAUUCUUACUGUCGACUCGCCCGGAGACGGCAUCCGCCACCGCGCAGCUCGCUACAGUGUCGGCUCUGCGGACAGCAGCCUCAGUCUGCUGACUUGGGAUCUGUUCCGCCAGUUCCAGAACAUGACCUCCCUCCCUAUUAUCCCCAAGGGUAUUCAGACCGUCGAUGACGCGCAGGAGGCUAUCAAGAACGGCGCGAAGGCCAUCUUUCUCUCCAAUCACGGCGGCCGCCAGCUCGACACUUCGCCCUCAUCCCUUGAGGUCGCGCUUGAGAUUCACCGCGAGGAUCCCGAUCUCUUCAACCGCGUCGAGGUCUUCGCUGAUGGCGGUGUCAGGUACGGAUCUGACAUCCUCAAGCUUCUUGCUCUUGGUGUAAAGGCUGUUGGCGUUGGAAGGCCUUUCAUGUACAGCAACAUCUACGGUGCUGAGGGUGUUGAGAAGGUCAUUGAUAUCCUCAAGUACGAGCUCAUUAACGAUGCCGCCAACUUGGGCGUUGGUGACCUCAAGAAGAUCGGUCCCCAGUAUGUCGACUGGAAGAACAGCCUCAACACUUGGUACAGCUAGAUGAAACUAGAUAUACCGGCGGGCGGAGAAUUUUGAUCCUGGGUUUACCCGAUCUUGCUAGCACGAGGCACGACCUUGAUUUCACUGUGCAUAGUUCAAUC